AUGGCGCCUCGAUAUACCAUUGCGCUGGCCUCCGCGCUCUCGCUGAGCGGCGUCAUCGGCGUCCAAGCCGCCGCAGUGGCAUCCCGCGACGAGACGUCCCCUCUGCAGAUCCCGCGCAUCCAGGUCGACCCGUCGCGGUACAUCGACCCCAGCUUCGCCGCCUUUUCCUUUGACCAGGCCUCCUUCCUCAGCUACGCCUCCAGCCCCGACGGCAGCAAAAACCCCAACGCGCUCUCGCAGAACCUGGUCGACGCCGUCUCCUCGCGCACCGGCGGCGCGCCGCUGAUCCGCCUCGGCGGCGCCGACGCCGACUACGCGCGGUACGUCGCCAACCAGAGCGCUCUCAUUCUGCCGCCGCCUAGCGACACCCCCCGGCGCUUGGGCGGCACGACCGUCGGCCCGGCGUACUGGGACGUGGCGGCCCGCAGCUUCCCCGGCGCGCGGUACGUGGUGCAGCUGCCGCUGGCGGACGCGGACAUGUCGCACGCGGCGGGCUGGGCGAUGGCCGCGGCGACGCGCCUCGGCCUAGACCGCGUGCACAGCUUCGAGCCGGGCCACGAGCCCGAUCGGUACCCGGCUGCGGCCGGCCUGGGCCCGCCGACGUGGCAGGGCGCGCAGAACAACGGCACGUACGUGGCCAACUUCCUCAACUACUGCGACAGGGUGGCGGCGGAGCUGGCGCUGCCGCGCGGGACGCGCAGGUUCCAGGCGCUCGACACGGCGUCGCACCCGGGCGGCGAUGCGCAGCAGGACGUGUUCGCGCUGAGCCUGAGGUCGGUGCUGCAGCAGGGGCUGGACAACCACCAUGCGGUGCUGGACGUGGCGCGGCACUACUACCAGACGGCUGCAGGCGACAAGGGCCAGACAAGGCUGGAGACGGGGCUCAUGAAUCACGGCGCGGUGGCGGCGCGCUUGGAGGUGUUUAGGGACGACUUGGAGUUCCUGGCCGGCCGUAGCGGCACGCGCCUCCCGUACGUCUUGUCGGAGGUCGGCACCGCCCUCGGUGGUGACGGCGCGGCCGCGUGGAAGGACGACGCGACGCUGGGCGCGGCGCUGUGGCAGGUCGACGUGCAGCUGUACGGGCUGUCGCUGGGCAUCUCGCGCUUCCACAUCCAGCAGGACCUGCGCGCCGGCGGCGGCCUGUGGCUUCCCGGCGUCUCCGGCGGCGACGCGACCGGCGAGGUGCUGGCGCGGUUCUACGCGCAGCCGUUCGUCGCCGACGUGGUCGGCACCGCGCGCACCGUCCAGGUCAAGAACGUGCCGCUGGAGCCCAACAUCUCGGCCUACGUGGCGUACGAGGCCGGCGUGCCGCGGCGCGCGGCCGUCGUCAACCUGCAGUACUGGAGCAAGUGCCGCUCGGAGGCCACGAGGGUGGCGCGGUGGGUGCGCGUGCAGGCGCCGGCGGGCGUGGACAGGGUGCGCGUGGUGCACCUGACGAGCCCGCAGGGGGCGACGGCGCGGUCCAAGACGGUGACGUACGCGGGGAGCCAGUGGACGGCGGAGAGCGCCGGCAAGGAGGUCAAGGGCGUGCGGAACGACGGGGAUGUGCUGACGGUGGCGGGGGGGACGGUGGACGUGCCGGUCAAGGCGAGCGAGGCGGUCAUUGUGCACUUUCUGUAG